AUGGCCAACUCGGUGAGUACAGCGGAGCCGCCUCGGCCUUGCGCUGCCCAGCACCGCCGGUGCUUGCCGCCAGGAAGAGGCUGGCGUGACGUGGAAUUUCUCCUUGUCGGCACGGAGCACGCACCCACCCACCGGGAGGCAGGCGGCGGGUGUCGCCCCAGUCGUGUUCGUGCCGCCGCACCGGGGCCACCGAUUGCUGGGAGGGAGGACGGUGUGUCCCUGACAGGGGCCCCCGGCUACCCGCGCCUGCAGGACAGCACCGCAGGCUGCCGACCGCGCCUUCCCGCGUCGUUGCGCUGGCAGCAAGAGCUCUUCUACACCCGCGCCCGGGGGGCCGUUUUUUUGUUUCAGAGUUGCGGUGGUGCCUUUCGAUUUUUGUGGCUUUUGCCGGAUUUAUGGCACCAUUUUUUCCCUGUGUUCUCCCUCUGCCUGCGAUGGGCCCGAUUCCCCACGGUCACCCACCCAGGCCCGCUUCCACUUGCGCUCACCGGCCGUUCCCCACAUCUUCCUCCGCAGUGUGCCGUCCAGGUGAAGCUGGAGUUGGGGCACCGAGCCCAAGUCAGGAAGAAACCCACCGUAGAGGGCUUCACCCACGACUGGAUGGUAUUUGUUAGAGGGCCCGAGCACAGCAACAUUCAGCACUUUGUGGAGAAAGUCGUCUUUCACCUGCACGAGAGCUUCCCUAGGCCGAAAAGAGUGUGCAAGGAUCCACCCUACAAAGUUGAAGAAUCUGGGUAUGCCGGUUUCAUUUUGCCAAUUGAGGUUUACUUCAAAAACAAGGAAGAACCUAAGAAAGUUCGGUUUGACUAUGACUUAUUCCUGCACCUUGAAGGCCACCCACCUGUAAAUCACCUCCGCUGCGAAAAGCUCACAUUCAACAACCCGACAGAAGAAUUCAGAAGAAAGCUGCUAAAGGCAGGAGGGAUCAUGGUAAUGUCAGAUGGCGUAUCAUUCUCCUCAGGACAGAGCCUCCAUCUCCCCAGCCUUCCCGGUAACUCCCUGUCUUUUUCUGCCACAAAGAAGAAAUCAUCUCAUGGGCCAAAGGACCCAGCUAGGACUCUGAACACAAAUAGCAGCAGCAGCAGCAGCAGUAGUAACAUAUUUUCAAAGACUCAUAAAUUAACUAAAGAGCACAAGGAAAAAACUUCUAAAGACUCAAAAGAACAUAAAAGUGCCUUCAAAGAUCCUUCCAGGGAACACAACAAAUCUUCCAAAGAAUCAUCUAAGAAACCCAAAGAAAAUAAACCACUAAAAGAUGAAAAAAAAGUUCCUAAAAUGGCCUUCAAGGAACCGAAACCCAUGUCUAAGGAGCCGAAAUCUGAAAACACUGCCAUCCUUACUAUAACUUGUGGACAACAGCACGAAAAGAAGACCCCCACAAAAAGGUCCUCUGUUCUAGAUUCUGAUGAACCUGCUGUCAAAAAAAGGAAAAAAAAUGGCUCAGAUUCUUUAUUCAAAAAUUUUUCUAGCACCCCGCCCCUGAUACUUACUUGUUCAGCUGACAAAAAACAAAGAAAGGAUAAAUCUCAACUUAGGGUGGGGAAAGUCAAAAUUGAAAGUGAUGCUCUGGAAAAGAAGACGCCUACAUUGCCACCAUUUGAUGAUAUUGUGGAUCCAAAUGAUUCUGACAUGGAGGAAAACACGUCCUCCAAAUCUGAAUCUGAACAGCCCAGUCCUGCCAGUUCCAGCUCCAGUUCCAGUUUUACGCCAUCUCAAAACAGCAGACAACAAGGUCCACUAAGGUCUAUAAUGAAAGACCUGCAUUCAGAUGAUAAUGAAGAUGAAUCAGAUGAAGCAGAUGAGAAUGACAAUGAUUCUGAGUUAGAACGACCUGUAAAUACACGAGGAGGAAGCAGGAAUUGCAGGGUUAGUCUGAGUGAUGGCAGUGACACUGAAAGCAGUUCAGCUUCCUCAUCACAUCAUGAGCCAGCACCACCUUUACUGAAAACCAACAACAACCAGAUUUUAGAAGUGAAAAAUCCAAUAAAGCAAAACAAAUCUGAUAAGCAAAUAAAGAAUGGGGAUUGUGAUAAGGCAUAUCUUGAUGAACUAGUAGAGCUCCACAGAAGACUAAUGACACUGAGAGAGAGACAUGUACUGCAGCAGAUAGUAAAUCUUAUAGAAGAAACUGGACACUUUCAUAUCACAAAUACAACCUUUGACUUUGAUCUUUGCUCACUGGACAAAACCACAGUCCGUAAACUACAGAGUUAUCUGGAAACAUCUGGAACCUCCUGA